GUACACUACCUAUUUUUAAAGUCGGCUACUUCCGGUCUGAAUAGGAACGGAAAAGAAAUCUAUCCUUGGAAAUCUGCAGAACAGAGCAAAGCAAAUAAGCUUUGUUGCACCAAGCAAAAAUUAGUAUUUACCUGAAAACUAAUGUUUAUCUAAACCUAAAUAUUUAGGCUUUACUUGAAAUAAAUUGGUGAUUUUGAUAAAUAGGUGAUCUUCUGGGCCCUUGUGUAAACUUGACAACAUAUCGCUCUAAGCAGAUUGUUUUGAUUGAAAAUUUUGGUUUAUACAUAAUAUUUUUUUCAAAACAUCACGAUAUCUAAGUUUCAUUUCCGGUAAAGAUUUUAAUGAUCGAACCAAUCAUAUUUGUCUUAGUCCACAUUUCGUAAAUGUAACAGGAUUUCAUUAAUUAAGUCUUUGUUCUUCCUGCGUUGGUGUCUCCGUGUUUUUAGCAGAAAACUAUAAAAUUACACCUAUCUUUGAUCAAAAGUUCUGUUGGGACCGGAAGUAGUUGCGAUGCACCAUGGAAUCGCCCUGACCAUAUAUGGAGUAUGGUAUUCCAUUUGGAGUUGUCAAUGGAUUUGGUCGGACUGCAGUAAUGUGACAUGCCGUCGAGAAAACUUAAAUAUUUCCCUGCCAGGAUUAAUUUAGCCUUUAUCAGAAAAUUUUAAGAAGAAUGGAUGCUUAAAGUGUCAGAGGAGUUGAUUUUUUACAACUUUAGGGCAAUUCACUUGGGUAAAAUCAAGAUCAAAGAUGGCGGAACAUCUAGAGUUGGUCGCUGAAAUUCCCAAAGUUGAGAAACUGACCGUACAGGAACGCUUGGAAUAUGCCAAAAAACGGCGGGCUCAACAGUUAAAACGAUGGGAAAGAGAAAAAGAUAACAUGUAUGGACCACCGCCGGCAAAGAAAAAGCCUUCGUCGUUAAGACCAGUGAAUUUCCCUCCAUCGACCGUUCUACUCGAAGCUGCUACCCGAGGAGACAUCGAAGAAGUGAAAGCCUUGCUGGAGUCAGGAAUAGAUCCAAAUCUAGCAAACGAAGAUGGUUUGACCGGCCUUCACCAGGCUUGUAUUGAUGGUAAUGAAGACAUAAUCAAUUUAUUCCUGGAAAAAGGUGCUAGUCUGGAUGCUACUGAUAGAGAGCUCUGGACACCUCUGCAUGCAGCGACUGCUUGUGGAAACAUUGAUGUUGUGGAGUACUUGAUGGACGAAGGGGCCAACAUAGUUGCUGUGAACUCAGACGGGAACAUGCCCAUUGAUUUGGUUGGCGAAGACGACGAUGAACUAAGGGAGGUUCUUGAAGCUGAAAUGGAAGAGCAAGGUUAUACAGAGCAGAAGAUAGAGGAAAUCAAAGAGUUGGGAGAGCGUUGCAUGUUAGCGGAGAUCAAAGAUGCAGCAACAAAAGACGACGAUCUUGAUAGACCUGUUACUGAACAGGGGGCAACUCUGCUGCACAUUGCAACAGCAAACGGUUAUGCCGAUGUGGUGGAAUUUCUUCUUGAGCAUGGUGUGUCAGUUGAUGCUAAAGACAAGGACGGCUGGGAGCCCAUCCAUGGUGCUGCCGUAUGGGGAAAUGAAAAUGUGAUACAGCUGCUUGUUGAAUCAGGAGCUGACCUGGACGCAAAGACACCUACUGGAGACACGCCCCUUACUCUUUGUGAAGAUCCUGAUCUACAGACCUUUAUUGUCGAUUUGAAGAACAAAGUCAAAGCCAACAAAGUGAAGACAGGUCGGAGGAAACGAAGCAACUCCAGAUCGUUAUCUGUGAAGAGGACAAGCCUUAAAGACAAGAUCACCAUCUCACAGAAUGAGGCCAAGGCAGAAGCAGUGCUCCGUGUCCAUCCACAAUUGGCAUUCCUGAUUCCGAGUGAAGAGCGAGCAAAAUUGGCGGGAAUCAAACCGGAAGAAGUCAAACCGGAAGAAGUCAAACCGUCUGAUGUGACACCUGCAGCUACCACAGGUACCCCAACCAAGAAUUCCACAACGACCAGUCCCGAGACCAGGGAUAAUGCACAUGCGCGAACGAAAGAGACCGCUGGCCCUCCUUCUCCGACCAAGGUAACCCCGCCACGAUCAGCUGAGGACUCGAUCCGAUCCCGAGAUCGGGAACGGGACAGUCCCGCAAGGUUGCGGGACCGAGGCGGAGGGAGCCCUGUGAAGGAGAUGGACAUCCCUAUACGAGGUAAAAUAGAUAGCCCCACUCGUAAAACAGAGAAGGAAAAUGUUGAACCGAACAGACGGUUGCGCGAAAUCUCGGUCGCCGACUCGAGGACGCAAGCAAAAGGUAUAACGAAUGCAGAAGUCCGAGAGCGCGAAAAAAUAGGAGAAAUGGGCGAAAUACGACGCGAAGAAGGUCGUCAUGCAGCUCCAAGCCUAAAUGAACCAACUGCCGAUAACAGAGCUCAAAAUAGAGACACGCCAAGACAGGCGCCAGCCGCCAAAACACAUUCCUCGUCCACAGUACCAAGAAGUGGCUCUCCCCCAGUUUCUUCCUCGCGUCCUGCGCAGAAGCCAACUUCGCAAACCGCUCUACCAAGCACUGAAAUCUCCGGCACAGGAUCGCUACCCAAAUCCACCAAAUCGAGGCCCGCUCCAGCUCCCCCUCUUCAACACUCGUCUGGGAGUCUGAGUCGAAAUUUCGAGAAGUCCGACACAUCUGGCUACCCAGAGUCCUUCAGUAAGAGGUCACGUGGUUCGAGGGAGAAUAUCGUCGAUGUUGCCGCAGCAGGAAGAUUGACGAGACCUGAUCCCAAAGCUGUAUCCGUCGGUGAUGUCAAGAUUUCAUCAGGGACGCACCCUCCCCUGCAGAACGCUGACCGAUCGCAGGCGCAACCAGGAGCCCCCUACCAGACACACAAGGCCAACAACACAAGACCUCCGUCUGCUGGCUCGACCCCUGGUCAGCGAACAGCAGGCUCAAACCAAGGUCUGCAAUCUGUUGGUCAGCAGAAUAACGAUAAGGCGCGCGAUCAGAACGCUGAGAAAGUGCGCGUGCAAGACGACAUGAAAAUGCGGGAGAAGAAAUCCUGUUGUGUACUCAUGUAAGAAUGCCUCCUUACUAUUAGACAAGAUUGGGCUUUGCGCGAAACAUCAUCGGGACGAAAGGGAUCAAGGGAAAUCUAGUUGAAGGAUGCUAUAUUGAUUAUGAGAUAAACGUCCAUCCCAUAAUCCACUGCGCGUCCACACAAAAAAAGACUGCACUAGGAAUAUAAUAGAAUUUGGGUUUCAAUUAGAAGCCAGAUAGUAACAAUUAGAAAAGCAUCGAGGAUAUCUCGUCCAGUUCUCAAUAGACCAUAUAUGGCAGACUCGUGCCCAAUCCUCUCGGUGGCACAUACUCUACCGCGCAAGGCAUCACGGGCCUUGGCAAUUACCGAAAGUCUUCUUGUUGCCCUUCCCAUAAUUCUUAUCAAGAGACCAUGAUGUAAGAGAACGAAUCCCCCGUAUUAGGGUAUGUUCCAAUGAUGACGUCCGUGAAAACUAUUUUUAGAACAAGCAGUUAUUUUUAGAUACGUCUCUGAUUGGUUAGCGCUCACGUUUCCUAGCAACAUAAGUCUUACGCGCGAUCACAUCUUGAGCAAUGUGAUCCGGCAAAGGAUGUUUCGGAAAUCUUUUGACCGAAAAUACCUUCCUUUUUUUUACGAACGCUGUAAAAAUGAUCUUCCAUAGAGUACGCUGGAGCUAAUCAACCGUUUCUGGGACAUUAAAAUGCAUAAAGUGCGUGAUUUUAGGCUCUGGGACCAACUUCCCCAGUAAGAGUUUUCACUAAUGAUUCGCAAAUUAUAACACAACAAUCAAUCAUAAAUCUGUGUUUACAAAACACAAUUCUCUUCCAAUUCCCUUGUAAUGAAAAAGAUACAUCCAGAACUUAAUACCAUUAUAUUCACACCGAUAUCAGAAAAAAAAAAGAUUUCAAGUCUUUAUAAUGAAGUUAAUCUUAUUCCAGUGACAAGGGUUCCUUGAGUGACACGAUUUCUGAAAAUUUGCGUGAAAAAUUGAAGUUCAUUAAUCUAAAAAUGUUAUAAAUCAAAGAAAUAUAAAGGCCUUCUUGUAUUAAAAUACAUAACAUAGACUCUGAGAAUGCCUAGGUAUUCUAUCUCACCGAAUUGCAGAGAAAAAAAAACUUUUUAGGAGUCUGCACGAUGCAUCUUGAAUGAACUCCGAAUUCACCGUCUCCCCGACGUCUUCCCGUUCAAUUAUUUAUAUAGCAUAUAGAUAACUUCACAUUAGAUAACUUAACAGUUAACAGGACACCACCCCAUGAGUAGCAUUGUGAUCAUGAAUCUUGAAGAGCAGCUAAAAGGAUAAAAACAGGUAGCCAACGAAGUAAAGAAGUGCAGAGGGAAAAAGUUUGUUGUGAAAAUGUACUAGCUCGCGAGGUGCCCAUAACCAAAUAUGGCGCGACGAACCAUAAAUGGAUGCUAUGAUUGACAAGCUCGCGCAAUCUAAAAAUAGCUUUCAUGGACGACAUCAUGGGCCACGGGGAUUCGUUCUCUUAUAUCAUGGUCUCUUGUUCUUAUCUAGGGUUCAUUUAUUCGGACUUUCUCCCAUUUUUACCGUGAGCUCUUUCACACUUGUUUGGAAUGAUUAGUCUCUUUCGUUGUAUAAAAAUGGCCAUUGUUAAUUCUUUGGCUCUACUUUCAUCUUCCAUUUACAUUUCGUUUUUAAUACACUUUUGCUGGACAGAAGUAUUGUCGAGUGUUUGCUUCCUAGAAUAACCUUCCGGUAACGGUUCUCGAAAACCGAUAGUAUACAACUUCCAAGGUGUCAACUCAAUACUUCUUUUUAACCUGAUUGAAAGUUGUAAAAAUCUGUUAAUAUUUUCUUAUGUGCCAGAAUUGGUUUGACUGUUUUGUUUGGUUUCUGAAGUCAUAGGGCGAAAUACUUAAAAAGUUGGUAGUGUAGUAACUUUUCGCAUAUUUUUAUUAAAAAAAUUGUUUGGAUAUAAAUGAUAGCUAGAACAUAAUUUAGUUAGGGAAUUCAAAAUAAAGAUCGACAUUUCGAGUUCGAAA